UUUCUUCUUCUUCAUUAGGUCUUUUUGUUUCUGCAUAUUUCCAGGCGGCUGCACGAUUUCUUUUUGGUUCUUUCCAUCAAACCCUAAUUUUCUCAAUUUCCCUUCCUGCAAAAUCCAACCGAAUUGAACUCAGAAAAAUCUCAGAGGUUUGCGCAAGAUGGGGAAACGGGGAGCUAACAAGCUUACAAAAGCUCAAGGAGGACCGAGUCUCAAGUCUGUGCUCAGACACGACCACUUGAAGAAUCUCGCUCUCUGGUCCACCGCUGGAGAUACUCCCAUCCCGUCGCUAGCUACUUUUUUCGGUCGGCGUCUCGCUGCGGACGGAGAAGCUUCCGACAUUCCUCAUGAUCCUGAUCUCUUCUCUUGUCAAAGAUGUGAGACUGUUCUCCAGCCUGGCUUCAAUUGUAAUGUUAGAAUCGAGAAGGUUUCUGCUAAUAAGAAGAAACACAUGAGGUGCAAGAAGAAGAAGCCUAACAUGUUUCUCCCUCAGAACAAUGUAGUUUACUACUGCAACUUGUGUUCUCACCGUAAUCUCAAGAGAGGAACUACAAAAGGUCAGAUGAAAGACAUGUACCCGCCCAAGCCUAAAACAACUCGUCCACGUCCCAAGAUUGAUAAAGAGAUGAUGGUGGUAGUGCCUCAAGGAAUCCAAAGUAGUAACACACUUCCUUGUUCACCUGGAAGAAGAGUUGAGAAUGAUCAGGUGGAGAAUAAUAGUAAUGUGGAGAAUACGCCAAAGCCAAUGCUUACACUGGAGAGAGAGAAGAGGAUAAGGAAAUCCAAAAGUAAGAAACCUAUUGAGCCCGAAAGUGUUCCCGAGAAAAAAGCAACAGUUGGUGGUGGUGGUGGUGGAUCGAAUAAGAGGAAGAGAAAAGCAUGGACAAGUAUGAAGGAGUUGUCUGAGACUACAACAACAAGCAAGAGUUCCAGUUCUGUAAACUUUAAAAUACCUUUUCUCUUGUGAUCUGCUUCUGUGUGAUAUCUGACCUAACACAAAAUGAGCUUUUUCGAAUUAGUCCCAUCUCUUGUCUCUGUUUUCAUCACCUUCUACCUCUUGUAUAUUUGUUAUUACUAAUUGUUAGUAUUAAUGACUCUAA